CGGACAUCCGCGAGAUAAAACCUUCCCGUUCACACUGCUGCUACUCUACCGGGAGAUCGACACCCGUAAAUCGGUAUUAUUGACUCGAUAAUCUACCUAGUCAAAACAGCUCAAGCUCGGAAACCGUAUCAUCCCUUCGCCACUUACUCAUUGCCAUCGUCCUCAUCCUUCCACACGAGUCAUGUUUCUCUCAAACAAGCCUCCCGCGAAGCCGCUUCCCCGCUUCCAAACCAACACGCCGCUGGACUCGACCUUUGACACGGACAUCCGCGACACGCACCUCAUCUACGACUACGAUGCCGAGGACGCCGACGGCAACCCGGAGAAGUGGCGCUACGAGAUGUGGUUUUUCUCCGAGGACCGCGUCGUCUACGCCAUCCACGGCGGGCCCAUGUCCGGCCGCGUGAACUACCAGACGGCCACCUACCAGUGCAUCCGGCCCGGGGAGCUGUGGCAGGUCAACUGGCUGGAGGAGACGGGGACCGUGUGCUCGCUGGUGUACGACAUCCCAAAGCAGAAGAUCUCGACCCUCAUCUCGUUUUCGCGGGGCCACUGGGAGAACCCCGAGGCGGCGCACGGCGACAAGCGCAACCCGGGCGACGUUGCGCGGUGGAGGGUCCUGGCGAGGUUCGGGAACCAGAGUGAUAGGUUCAUGCUGUCCGAGCAGGCGGACAUUGUUGAGAAUUUCAAGGGGAGGGGGGAUCUUGUACCGAUCAGCGAGGACGCACCGACUUUCUAGAUGGACUUACAGAGAUUGGCUUUUCUCAUUUGUACCAGCACGUCUAUUUUCUCUUACCGUGGCUCUGUAGUAUCAUGAGAGUAUGGAACCUGCAAAACAACCCAAGUAGCGUGUAGGACAGAUGUAAUUCUGAUUGAUA